ACUGGAAGUUCAACCUUUCGUGACCCCGACCGACGCAACGACACGACCCUCGACAAUAACCGGCUUAUCGAGAUGGCGGAAUCCGGCAAAGACAAGAGCGCCAACCCCAUGCGGGAGCUGCGCAUCCAGAAGCUCGUCCUCAACAUCUCCGUCGGCGAGUCUGGUGACAGACUUACUCGUGCCGCCAAGGUGCUCGAGCAGUUGAGCGGUCAAACUCCCGUGUACAGCAAGGCCCGUUACACCGUCCGUACCUUCGGUAUCCGUCGUAACGAAAAGAUUGCCGUCCACGUCACCGUCCGUGGCCCCAAGGCUGAGGAGAUUCUCGAGCGUGGUCUCAAGGUCAAGGAGUACGAGCUGCGGAAGCGCAACUUCUCCGAGACUGGCAACUUCGGUUUCGGUAUCAGCGAGCACAUCGACUUGGGUAUCAAGUACGACCCUGGUAUUGGUAUCUACGGCAUGGACUUCUACUGCUGCAUGACCCGCCCUGGUGAGCACGUCGCCAAGCGCCGACGGGCCAAGUCCAGCAUCGGUACCAACCACAAGAUCUCCGCCAACGAGACCAUGAAGUGGUUCAAGAACCGGUUCGAGGGUAUCAUCCGGUAAACUACCCGUUUGCACAAAAAAGGGGGGCACGGGGUUGUGGUUUUCUUUUUGUCUGGCGAAACCAUGAAAGCCAAAAAUGGGUAGUCGGUUGCACAGAGGCCUGUAUCUAGUGCCUUUAUUGGCGUGUCUACUAUCAAAUGGGAGCUUCUUUGCAAUUCCGAUCAAUGGAGGCUUCACACGGGUGAUGUUCCGCAUAACCAUUGGUGGUUGCGUUUGCCUAUCGUGAUGUCAGAUGCGCCAGUACAAGGUGCCCAGAUAUGGAGCAAACAAAACACACAACACCAAGCCAACGGUUAUAUCCUGGUCUCCUUUUUCUUCCCUCGAGGAGACCAGGGGUUCUGAUGACUCGUCGCUGAUGACCCAGGAACAUCGGUCCGCCCAAACAAUUCUUCCCAAAAGGUCGUAGUUACAUGACUUCGGUUGACAGGACCGCCCCAAAUGUCAUGAUUCUCCAUUCUCCCU